AUGUUGAAAGAAGCGUCUCUCAUCAUAUGGGACGAAGCACCAAUGAUGAGCAGAUAUUGUUUUGAGAAUCUGGAUAGAAGUUUAUCAGAUAUAAUGAGAAAUGCAGACAACAAGCCGUUUGGUGGAAAUGUAGUUGUAUUUGGAGGCGACUUCAGACAUGUUCUGUCUUUGACGAAGAAUAUGCGGCUUAUGUCAAAGAAUAUGACAGAGAUUGAAGCAAGGAAUAUAAAGGAGUUUUCUGAUUGGAUUCUAGCUGUUGGAGAUGGGAAAAUUCCCGAAACAAACGAUGGGGAAGCUCUUAUUGAUAUUCCAGAAGAAUUGCUAAUAACAGAUGUAGUUGAUCCUAUUGAUUCUAUAAGUAGGGCCGUAUAUGGUGAUUUGGAAAAGUUGCAUACAAAAACAGAUCCGAAGUUUUUCCAAACAAGAGCUAUUUUAUGUCCAACAAAUAGUGAUGUUAACACCAUCAAUGAAAGACUGCUUGAGAAGCUCCAAGAAAUGAUGUACUUAAGUGCUGAUAGUAUUGAUCCUCAGGACAGCGAAUCAAUAAACAACCCUGUUUUCAGUUCUGACUUCUUAAAUAGUAUAAAGCUCUCAGGGUUGCCAGAUCACAGUCUUCGUCUUAAGAUUGGUGCUUUUGUAAUGUUACUGAGAAAUAUAGAUCCUAAAGGUGGUUUAUGCAACGGUACACGAUUGCAGAUUACUCAGAUGGGGAUUAAUGUCCUAGAAGCUUGCGUUAUUACCGGUGAAAGAGUUGGAGAGAAAGUGUUAAUUCCAAAGAGUCAAGGACAAUCACUCGAAGAAGUUGGUCUUUUUCUACCUCGACCAGUGUUUUCUCAUGGCCAGUUAUAUGUGGCCCUUUCUAGGGUCACAUCGAAGAAGGGUUUGAAAGUGCUUAUCUUAGAUAAAGAUGGAGGGACAACAAAGCAAACGAUGAAUGUUGUGUUCAAGGAAAAUUUUCAAAAUAUAUGGAAGUAA